AUUGAUUUCUGCGAUCACCGCCCUGAUAUCCACCGUAUUAAACCUGCUCUUCAUGAUCGAUUAUUAUGAAUAAUGAUGAUAAACUCUUGAGUUCUGACACGACGGGCUCCGCGCUGGUUGUGCGCAUGCGCAUCUGUCUGUGUACGGAAGCCCGUUUGCGUCUUUACCGGAGCGAGCCGUAAAUACAAUAAUAUUACACGACUGAGAAUAAAUCAAAUAGAUCGAUAUUUAAACCUGAUAACAGUAAUAAUGAUGAUGAUAAUAAUAACACAGAUGUAAAACGCGACGUGGUGACGCGACAGCUGUUCGGUUUAUUCGUUCAGAUUCAGCAAACGCGUUCAGUUUGAACACUAAUGUGUGUAAACGCGCUGAAAUGAGUCUGAAGAAGACUGUGUCGCACAGAGGUGAGGAUCUUUGAUGUCGCUGGUGUGAAUGUGAUAUUAACGCCGCAGCUCACGCUGAUCGCUGGACAGCGCGACCUCUGGCUGCAGGUCAGAGUUCAGGCGCGCGUCGUUGCCAUGGAGACCGGCGCUGACGCGUCACCGAUCGAUCAAACGAGCCUGUCCCGAAUCCAAGCUGGUUCCGCCGAGAUGCGAAGGACGCUGCCACGCGCCGGCUGAGCGAUGAACAAUUACAGGAUCAUCAGGAAGAUCGGAGAGGGGACGUUCUCUGAGGUCACGAAGGUCCAGAGUCUGAAGGACGGCAAACAUUACGCCUGUAAAACCAUGAAGCAGCCCGUCGAGAGUGUGGAUCAGGCUCACAGUCUCAGGGAGGUUCAAGCCAUGAAGCGUUUGAGUCCCCAUCCCAACAUCCUCCAGCUUCAUGAGCUCAUUUACGAUAAAGACACGGGAACGCUGUCACUCAUCUGUGAGCUCAUGGAGAUGAACAUAUACGAGUUUAUUAAAGGCCGUCAGUGUCCUCUAGCGGAGAGUAAAGUCAAGCACUACAUGUUCCAGCUGUGCCGCUCUCUGGAACACAUGCACAGCCAUGGCAUAUUUCACAGAGACGUGAAGCCAGAGAACAUCUUGAUCAAAAAUGAUGUGCUGAAGCUGGCAGACUUCGGCUCCUGCAGGAGCAUCUUCUCCAGACCUCCUCACACCGAGUACAUCUCCACACGCUGGUACCGCGCGCCCGAGUGCCUGCUGACCGACGGACACUACUCGCAGAAGAUGGACAUGUGGAGCGCCGGAUGCGUCUUCUUCGAGAUCCUCAGUCUGAGCCCUUUAUUCCCCGGCCGAAACGAGUUAGACCAGGUCAACAAAAUCCACGAUGUGCUGGGCACGCCGGACAGCUCGCUGCUGCAGAAGUUCAAACAGUCCCGUGCGAUGCGCUUCGACUUCCCUCCUCGCAGAGGCUGUGGCAUCUCCCAGCUGAUCCCUCAGUGCUCUGCAGCCGCUCUGUCUCUGCUGCACCAGAUGCUGACCUACGACCCCGAGGAGCGCAUCAGCGCCCGCACAGCACUGCAGCACCCCUGCUUCAGAGAACUGCGGAUGUGUGAGAGGAAAGCAGCGAGUCUGCGGAAGGCGAUCGGAGCUGUCGAGGGAGAAUCCGUGGAUCAGCUGUGGAGAAUCGCACGGCAGGGAAGACGACAGCAUCUUAAGCACGCCAGCGACUCGCUCAGCCGACGAAACGCCUCGCACUUCCCUCUGGAGCUACCAAAACUCAACGUGGUGAUCCCGACACCCACAAUCCCUUACCCAGUGUCCAGCUUCCCAGCGCUGAGCGUCUCGCACCGCGGCUCUCUGCCGGCCAUCUCCAAAAAGUGCCACUCGCGUCUGACCAAACCCAAAGAAGAGCCACACCGUUUCAAGAGCAGCUACAUGCCUCCGCUGGAGCGCCGUCCAGACGAGUGCUGACCCACUGAACACUGACCA